AUGAGCGAAGAUAAAGCCAAAUUAGGGACCGCGAGGUCUGCCACGGAAUAUCGUCUAUCCAUCGGUAGCGCUCCGACUUCAAGAAGGUCUUCUAUGGGCGAAUCCUCAUCCCUGGCGAAAUUUGCUGGCCAAGAAGGACUAACCAGUUCGGUUGGAGAAUACAACGAGAACGCCAUACAGCAGCUUCUGUUGCCUAAGAUACGAGAAUUGAGCGAUUCCAUCAUCACUUUAGAUUCAAAUUUCACGCACUUGAACUUUAUUCACGAGAGUUUAGCUGACCUUAAUGAAUCGCUAGGCUCAUUGUUGUAUGGCAUCAUGAGCAAUUCAUGGUGCGUGGAAUUUUCACAAGCUCCCCAUGAUAUUCAAGACGAUUUGAUCGCUAUUAAACAGUUGAAAUCGUUGGAAGAUGAGAAAAAUAACUUAGUAAGGGAGAUCUCUAAUAUGGAACGUGGGAUUAAAAGAAAAAAAGACGAAGGUGGUGGAAACGAUUCGAGCAAAGCAUCUCAGAACAAACAGUUUAACCAGCCGCUAUUUCCUUCCUCACAGGUAAGAAAAUAUAGGCCAUACGACAACAGAGACAAGCGGAAGUCAUCCAAGAUAGCCAACAACUCACAAGUAGAGAAUGGGGAAGACUAUGAAGAUGAUACCAGUAGUGAAGCUUCCUUCGUUCUAAAUCCAACAAAUAUGGGGGCGUCCAAAUCAUCUCAGGGCCACGUAAGUAAGACCACGCGUCCGAGUAACAAUAACAAUAGUAAACUAAGAAGAAAAUCCAUUUUACAUACAAUAAGAAACAGCAUUGCUUCCGGCGCCGAUUUACCCAUCGAAAACGAUAAUGUUGUUAAUCUAGGAGAUCUGCAUUCAAGUAAUCGAAUAUCACUAGGAAGUGGUGCUGCUAGGGUUGUCAAUGGGCCCAUUACAAAAAAAAGAAAUUCCAUGUUCUCAGGGCGUGCUGAAAGGAAAUCUACAGAAAACAGACAUUCUGUUGCAAAAAAAACUGAAAAGAAAAUGAGCACAAGGCCUCCCUUCAGAUGA